CAUGUUAGUGUGAGUACUCGAUGCACUUCAAUCGUCUGAGUAACACACAGCUGCUAUAAGCAAUCACGGUCAAAACAUGAAAAACGAAGGCAUGUCCGACAUGUCCUCCAAUGCUAGCAAUGCCAGCAGUAUGGAUGACGGUGAAGAUGAUUUCCCAGUAGCAGCAAAGCACGAUUAUCGGCGUGGGAAGGGCAAAGCCAGACCUUCAUGGCGGAAACAUGGGAAGACAGCACCCGAAUUUACAGGCCACACCGGAGCGACACAUUCUGAAGAAUGGACUGACUUCACGCCAAUGCAGAUCUUCCAGUUAUUUUUCUCGCAAGUGGUGUGGGAGCUACUGGUCACUGCCAACGUUAUGCUGAGUGUAACAGAGAAGUUACCGGACCGGGCCACCCAAGUCAUUGGUCUCCAACAACCAUUACAGAAAUGAUGGCCUUUGUAGCACUACUGGUGUGUAUGGGUAUCAAAAAGCAGCCUAACAACAUUCAACUGGGACAACGUAUACAGUGCCAUCUAUCCAACAACCAUGUCUCGCAACAGAUUUAUGGCAAUUUUCAAAUUCUUCCAUCUGACCAACAACAAAGCAGCUCCAAGAAUGGACACUUCUUUGUAAUUACAGACCCAGCCAAAACCUUGCUCCUGACGAGACCAUGAUCAAAUUCAAGGGAAGACUAUCAUUCAAACAGUAGAUGCCAAGAAAGCUAACCAAAUGGGGCAUCAUAUCAAGUGUUUCUCCUUGAAUGAAUCUGAAACGGGAUACACAUGCGCCUGGGCAGGGUACACAAGGUCACAAACAGGAACAUCAAGUGACGACUCGGAGACGGUGUAGCUGAUCAUCCCACUGCAGUACCCGGUCGACCUGGUCGAGUUGUUUUGAAACUUGUUGAUGGAUUUGAAAAUCAGGCAUCUUUGCUGAUAAUUGGUACACCAGCCCUGCUCUUGUUCGUAGUUAGGCUUUGGCUUGGUUUUGGCUUUUGUGGAACUGUGCGAUACAAGACUCAAGGAAUUCCACAUUUUGCAAACCCCGAAAGUUUCCUAUGGCUAAAGGAGAUAAACCCUGCUUUAAUUAUAAUUCAGAACAACUGUGUGUUGUAUGGCAAACUAUGAUAACUGUAGUGUAACUAAGAAGCAGGUUCGGUGUAAAAACUCUCCUACAGGUUAUCUUGACAUCAGUAAAUCAAAUACUCGUACUGUCAUUGAGUACAACAAGCAUAUGGGAGGAACUGAUCUUGCAUCACAACAGUGUGUGUAAUAUGCACAUGCUCACAGAUAAGUGAAGUAGUGGAAAUGAGUAUUUUUUUGCUCUUCUAGACAUAUGUGUUCUAAAUGCAACAAUAGUCUUAACACCAAUGAUAAACUGUCAAAUUUUGACUUUUGACUUUAUUGGAUCCAGGGCCUGCUGUCAAUAGAAGAGAGUGGAGUUGCCGGACAUGUGCACAAGAGCAUCCCUUGUAUGUCAGAAGAUGUACAACAUUAUCCGGGCAAAAGUGCUGUUUUAUAUUCCAGUUAACUAGAAAUCCCAACCCCCCCAUUUCAUGUUGUGGUAGAAACGAGCCAGUAAGGUGCAGAUGAUUAUUGACAAGUUUGGUUUGAAGAAUGUACCAAUUUUUGUUGAUUUUUUUAAUUCCAAUCGACUAGAAAUCCCAAUUCUACCCCCCUUUCAGUGUUGUGGUAGAAACGAGCCAGCAUAGUGCGCAGUUUCUCCCAACAAUGCCGGGGGGUUGGCAUUCUGUCCAGUGAUGGUAAUUUUGGCUGUUGUUUUCAACGUAGCCCUCUUAUAUCAUUUUGGAGUUGAACACUUUCUUUCAGGCCAGUGCUAACUAAUAAGAAUAUUCGUUUCAUGAAAUUCAGUUUUGAAAAUAUUAAAGGCAGACUAAGUGAUUAGGUUUGUCUCUACAACUUUGUUGUAACUGCUCCACUAUGUCAACGUUGGUUUAUUACUCACUGCAUAGUGAAGUCAGGUUAUGCCCUUAC